CACACACAGACACACACAGACACACAGACACACACAGACACACAGGCACACACACAGACACACACAGACGGUCAAGUCGCAACUCCACGGUUGGACUUCAGGGCCAUGGCGACCGUUGUACAGAACCCGCUGAAAUCGCUCGGUGACCAGUUCUACCGGGAGGCCAUCGAGCACUGCCGCAGCUACAACGCGCGGCUGUGCGCCGAGCGAAGCGUGCGCCUCCCCUUCCUCGACUCGCAGACUGGCGUCGCGCAGAACAACUGCUACAUCUGGAUGGAGAAGCGGCACCGCCGGCCCGGUCUGUCUCCGGGGCAGCUCUACACGUACCCGUCCCGCUGCUGGCGCAAGAAGCGGCGUCUGCUGCCGCUGGAUGACCUGCGGCUCCGGCUGCCCGACAUCAAGCCCGUGGACGUGGCCCUGAAGAAGGAGGCGCUGCUGGCGGGCGAGGGUCCCAGCCUGGAGGCCCUGCUGCGUGGGGACGGCAGUGACAAGUCCCGCGACGAUGAGCCCAGCCUCAGUGACUACCAGGUGCUGGACCCCGAGGACUUCCUGCUGGAGGAGAUCGAGAAGGAGGAGCCCGAGGAGGAGCAGCCCAAGCGCAAGGCCAAGACCAAGACCAAGGGCCGCAACGGCGGCGAGAGGAAGAAGAAGAACAGCAGCGAGGCGGCUCCGCAGGAGGACAAGGACAAGCCGUACGUCUGCGACAUCUGCGGGAAGCGCUACAAGAACCGCCCGGGGCUGAGCUACCACUACACCCACUCGCACCUGGCCGAGGAGGAGGUGGAGGAGGACCGCGACUCGGAGCCGCGCACGCCGGCGUCGCGCAGCUCCGACGACCGCAAGCGCGACACCGCUGCGGCAUCGGUGGCGACCGCGGCGUCGUCGACGGCCGUGGCGUCGUCGGUGGCGGCGACGGCGGCGACGGCGGCGGCCAAGAAAGUGCCGGAGGGGCAGCCGCCGUCCCUGCCCAACACCUACUGCGACUUCUGCCUGGGCGGCCCGCACAUGAACAAGAAGUCGGGCCUCUCCGAGGAGCUCAUCUCCUGCUCCGACUGCGGACGCUCGGGCCACCCCACGUGCCUGCAGUUCACGGAGAACAUGCGUGCGGCGGUGCGCGUCUACCGCUGGCAGUGCAUCGAGUGCAAGAGCUGCAGCCUCUGCGGGACAUCCGAGAACGACGAGCAGUUGCUGUUCUGCGACGACUGCGACCGGGGCUACCACAUGUACUGCCUCUCUCCGCCCAUGGACGAGCCUCCCGAGGGGAGUUGGAGCUGCCACAUGUGCGUGGAGCAGCUGAAGGAGAAAGCCUCGGCAUACCCAGGAAAGGCUUGAGAGCAGCGCCCGCCCAGCCCGCACACGCCGGCCAGGCGGCCGGCCGGCCGGCCUCCCUCUCGGCGUAGGGGAGGCCAUCCGCGGACGGUCUCACGUCGGUCGCAGGGGUCAACCCUCCUCCCGGUUGAUGUGCCGUGAGAGGUUCUCGCUCGUGGUGGUGGUGACGGUGGAUGUGUCCUGUAGGCCCACGUGAGCACUGGGCACGCGUCGUGUCGGCUUGCGCCGCAGAGCGCGCUCGCGACCUCCACUCGGCGCAUUCCGUCGCUGCGUCCGGGGCCGUGUUGACUCGCACCGCGAUGGGGGCCCCGCGCGGUCGCGCUCCUCGCGUGCGGAGAUGGUGGCGGUCCACCCCCUGCCCCCCCCCCCCCACCGCCCC